AUAGUGUGGAGGUAUGGGGGGUGCAAAUGGAAUGUUUUCCUGUGCGCGAUUUUUGUGGGAGAACGACAUAAGGCUAUGGGGUGAAUGUAUGACCUAAAAAAUCAUCCCAUGUUGCGUACUUUUUUUUUCUUUGUGGUUAUUUUUUAAGCGGAAUCGGAAAUUAGCCCGCGCCAAAAUCAUGCAGCUAACACUACUUAAUUAGAUUAGGGCGAUGAUGUUUAUGAUUUAACAUGCUCCGAUGUCACGUCAUAAAAGUUUUGUGAAAAUUAUCCAUUUGUAAACGCAUGCCAUUUAAUUGUUCCGGACGACUCAUGUAACUGCAUAUGCAAUAAACCCUCUAGUUUGAGCUAUUUUUUCUCGAUCCAAUAGUAACCUACUCCGGGUUUUGAGUUGUAAUCAUUCCCGUUGUUGAUCCCAGAUAUUUUAACUGUAAGGAUGAGACCAUGUGUCAUGCUGUGCUUUUCCCAAUUUACGUUGUUACUUACACUUUUCCUUCCUCUGCAUAUAAAUCUAUGUAAGGCAUUCACCCUCAUUUUACUGUUUAUUGAUUAAAUAAAGACAAUAAUACAUCUUGCCUCGAGAUAUACUUUCUUAAUGGCAUUGUUCUUACUUGAAUAGCUAGCUUCAAAUCAUGGACUCUGUUCUGGUAGAAUUACCCCGUUCGAUUAAUGCUCCUACCUAUUACUAGAAGUGUGCGACAUUUAUAUAUUUCCGACAUUUUGUCAACAGCACGACAUUUGCAGAUAUAAAUUUUUCUUUUUUUCAAGCGGGCAAUAUCCAGAUACAUGAUGAACCAUCAAAGAUCUAGCGAUCAAUUUUACUAUACACAGAGAAAUAUAACUAUACAACAUGAGUUUAUGGGGAGUUUAUAAUGGCCCACAGCCACCUAAGAAAACUCUUGCUGAAAUGGAUCAGCAAGAACAAGCCGAAGAAGGGGCCCGACAAAUGAUUAAUCUUAUGCAAUCAUGUCCUGGUAAAACUGUGAUGGCAGGUGUAAGUGGGUUUGCUCUUGGUGGUUUUUUUGGGUUGUUCAUGGCAUCUAUGGCAUAUGAUGCACCAAUAGGUACCGAUUCAGUGAAGCAUAUAUCAGAAUUGCCAUUCAAACAACAAAUGAAAUUACAAUUUUCCGAUAUGGCCAAAAGAUCAUAUUCUAGUGCGAAAAAUUUUGGAUAUAUUGGUAUGGUUUAUUCUGGGGUUGAAUGUUGUAUUGAAAGUUUGAGAGCUAAACAUGAUAUUUAUAACGGUGUUGCUGCUGGUUGUAUUACUGGUGCUGGUUUGGCCAUAAAUGCUGGUCCUCAUGCUGCAUUCAUGGGAUGUGCUGGGUUCGCCGCGUUCAGUGUUGCUAUUGAUAUGUAUUUAAAUAGUGAUUCUGCACCACCACCGAAGAAUGAUUACGAUAGUUAAAAGACACACGCAGAUUAUCUAUUAAAGCAUGUACAUAAUAAUACAAAAAACAAAACUAUAGAAAUAAUACAGAUUGUCUUGGGACAAGGAGAAUGGAACUAUUAACAAAAGUAAUAACAAUAUUGGUAAGCAAAAUCAGCCAAUAUAAGGGACGUUAUUAGGUAUAACCCAAUGACUACUAGUAUGAAUAUUAGUGGAUAUUUAAGUCUUUGAGCAACACCAAGUAAUUUUUCUUUAUAUUUGACUCGUUUCUUCAAGUUUGAUUUCAUUCGUUCUAACUCUUGAAAGAUAUCAUCGCCUUGAUCCCCCUGCAAUAAUGUCAAAAGAUCUUCAAUUUUAUUAUUUAUAACCACGAGCUGACUUUCAUCUUCUAUAUUAUCAAGUUGAGCUAUAAGAUGUCGUAAUUUCAGUUUAACAGUUUCUCUCUGUUGACCAAUUGUCUUAUUCUCUGUCUGUUUACUAGGGUAUCUUGGUCUUGGAGGGUAUGUAGGUCGUAGUAUAUAUUCUCCAUUACUUGUACUUGUGUCGAUUUCUCUGGGGGUGAUAUUUCUCGAUUGAUAUGGUGGUUUUCUCGAUGUUGUUGUAGCGGUAGUGGCUGGAUUAUUAUUAGUUGUAGUGGAUGCUGGUGUUAAAUAAGGCAAUGGCAAGGGAUCACCUAAAUUCAUUUGGUCAGGUUUAAGAUGUCGUUUCUUCAUAUUAUCAUUGUGGUGUGGAUUAAUAUAUUUGUCUCAAUAGAGAUCUGAUUAAGCUU